AUGUCUCCCACUUCAUCCCUAACCACCAUCCCCACACCGAUCUUGCCUUCCACUGAUACUACAACAUCUGUGUUGAUCUUGCAUACACCCCGAGGCGGUGGUGUCCACCCCUGCACGUCCCUCACCCCAGUUUCCUCUUGCGUUUUCUCCCUUUCCCCAGCAGCAAUAACUUCACCCAGGAGAUUGUUUGUCCUUGCAACCACCACUCUUGGGUCAACCCCAGUUUCCUCUUACAUUAUGUAUGAGUUUAAAACAAAUCAUGGAGAAUGGAUCACUUCAAUGAAAUCAAAGUUUGGGGAUAAUGUAUCCGGACGUGUUCGUACAGCAAUCAAGUCAGUACCUCAGGAUGUAAAAGCUAUGUAUAAAGUGAGGACCGAAUUGUGUUCUGCAUUACAGAACCUUCUAAUAAGAUCUUAUUCUAUACUGAAAUCUGUGAGUCUACAGAUUUAUACUGAUACUCACAUCAUGAGUAAAUUGAAAGAUGUGCCUAUUUCAGUUCCUACUACAGUUCCUACAACAGAACCUACAGAGCCUGCAAAGGAGGGGCCUGCAAAUCCUACAAGAGUAUCUACAGUGCCUACGACAGUCCCUAUGGAGUCUACAACAGAACCUAUGGAGCAUACAACAGUACCUACAGCGCCUACACCAGUCUCUACAGUGCCUACAGAAAAACCUACACCAAUCGAAUAUAUUCGAAGUCCUAGAGCAGAAACAUAUCUAACUCAAGAUGGAACUAGGAAAUGGUUUCCAUAUUGUGUUGAAGAUAAGAAACCAUGGGAAGGAAUGCUACGGUAUACAAGAAUAGCAAAGGUAUCAUUCAAAAGUAUUAUCUUUGCAGUAGAGAAGGUAUCUUAG